AUGAACCUAUCUAGUUGCACAAUCAAAGUCGAUGACUCCCAUCACGACACACCUAGACCGGAACAGGAGAAAUUGUCAAAAAGCAACUCAUCAGUUCGCAUCGUUACUGUCAACAUGCUGCCAGAGGAUCAGGCCGCAGUUCUGCAGAAAGUCCGUGACCUCACCGCUUCCGGCGAAAAUCGGCCCAAGAUAGACGAGAGCGCUGUAGCCAAAGAGUUAAAGAAGUGGCUGGAGUCCACAUACGGACGCACAUGGCAUGUUCUGAUUGUUCGAGGCUCAUACUGGCUGCAAUUCUCUCACGAGCCUGAAUUCUCCUUUCAGUUUGAGUUGGGGCCAUACGUCUAUGCAAUGUGGCGGACUCCUAUUGCCUAG